AAACACUGAAACAGUUGGUGGUCGUUUAUCAGUUAUUCAGCAUUAUUUGUUUGGUAAAAGUUAACGUUCGUAAAGUUUAUAUUUAUAAAUGUGAAUAAAUUAAAUCUUAAAAAUGAGUAACUUUCAACAUACGUUGAAUAUUUUGAUUUAUAUUUCAUUACUCACAAUUUUGUAUUUUAAAAAUACUCAAGGAUUUUUAAAUCCUUAUCCAAAGCUAAAAGAAUAUCCCAUUGGUGAACAUGAAGAUGCUGGAAGUCCAUUAUUUUUAACACCUUAUAUUAAAGAUGGUAAGAUUGAUGAAGCUAGGAAGCAAGCUACUGUUCAACAUCCACAAAUGCUUGAUGUUGGAAGUUAUGCCGGCUAUCUUACAGUUAAUGAAGGUUACAAUUCUAAUAUGUUUUUCUGGUUUUUCCCGGCCAAGAUGAAUCCUAAAAAUGCUCCUGUUGUUCUCUGGCUUCAAGGAGGCCCUGGAGCAAGCUCUCUAUUUGGUCUUUUUACUGAAAAUGGACCUUUCCGUGUAAUUCAAAACAAAACUCUUCAAAUGAGAAAAUACAGUUGGAGUAUUUCUCACAAUCUCUUGUACAUUGAUAAUCCAGUUGGUACAGGAUACAGUUUUACUGAUAAGGAUGAUGGAUAUGCAAAAAAUGAAACUCAAGUGGGCCAAGAUCUUUAUAUAGCACUAAUUCAAUUCUUUCAAAUGUUUCCUGAACUUCAAAGUAAUGAUUUCUUUGUUACUGGUGAAUCUUAUGCUGGAAAAUAUGUACCUGCAAUAUCAUAUACGAUUCACCAAAAUAAUCCCAAAGGAAAAAUAAAAAUUAAUUUAAAGGGAUUAGCUAUGGGUAACGGACUUACUGACCCAGUUAAUCAAUUUUUGUAUGGAGAUUAUCUCUAUCAACUUGGUCUUAUUGAUUUUAAUGGUAGAGAUCAAUUUCACGUAUUAGAAGAAAAAGGUAGAAGCUUAAUUAAUCAAAGCAAAUAUGAUGAAGCUUUUGAAGUAUUUAACAAACUUCUUGAUGGAGAUUUAAAUUCCCCACCAACUCUAUUUCAAAACCUUACUGGUUUCAACUUUUAUUUCAAUUAUCUACACACAAAAGACACAAAUGAGUCUGAUUGGAUGGCCGAAUGGGUCCAAAGUAUAGAUGCAAGGCGUGCAAUUCACGUAGGAAAUAUUUCUUAUACAAUGGAAAAUGGUAAAGUUGAAGAACACUUAAAGGGUGAUAUUACCCGAUCACAAGCAGAUAAAGUUGCUAUUUUAGCACAAAAUUAUCGAGUUUUAAUUUAUAAUGGCCAAUUAGAUAUAAUUGUAGCGUAUCCAUUGACUGAAAAUUAUUUGAAACAUCUGAAUUGGCCUAAAGCUAAUGAAUGGCAAAAAGCUACUCGUAAAGUAUGGAAAGUAAAAAAUGAAAUUGCUGGAUAUGCUAAAACUGUAGGUUAUUUGACAGAAGUUCUUGUUCGUAAUGCUGGACAUAUGGUUCCUGCAGAUCAGCCUGAAUGGGCUCUCGAUUUAAUUACUAGAUUCACUCAUAAUAAGCCUUUUUAAGCUCUACGUUUUUGUAAUUUGUUAAUUUAUAUCAAGCAAAUAUAAGAAAUAUACUAAAAAUACCUGUUAAGUAAUUAAAUCACCAAGACUAAUGAUAGAAAAUCAAUAAAACUAUGAUGAAGCA